AACUACUUAAAAACGCUUUAAAUUUCUAUUAAAAAAACAAUAAUCUUACAAUCUAGAUGAUAUAAAAGAUGAGAAAGGUACAGGGUAAUGAUACUUUUCAAAGAAUUAACUUCUUGUAUCAAUUAAGCAAAGAAGUAGUCGAGAAGAAUCCUGCAUUGUCGGUGUACUACGAUAAUUUAGUCAUAAAUAUAGCCAAGAAGAGUGUCCUAAAAAUCCAUCCAGAUAUAAAAAGGCAAAUAUGUAAGAAAUGUAGAUGUAUGCUGGUCGAUAAAAAGUCUUCUGAAAUAAAACUUAAAACUAAGAAUAAACUGAAAUUUAUUUCACUGAAAUGCACAGUGUGCGGUUAUGAGAGAAGAUUUCCAGCAGAUAAAAACAAGGACCAUAGAGUGUGGCUAGAAAAACCUGAAGCCGUUGUAGAGAUUAUCACAUAAGUUAUAAUCAAACAAUAAUAAUUCUAAUA